GCCCACUGCGCGGUGGGGCCGCGCAGGGCCCUCUGCGGGCAGGGCGCGGCCGCGCCGCGCCGCCGCCGAGGCGCGCUGCCGCGGCGGGCCCGUGCACGGCCGCCGCGCCGAGGCGGCAGGCGGCGGCGGCUGCCAGGGCGGCGCGCUCGGCCUCGGGCCCGCCGCGGCCAGGGGCGUGCUGGCGGAGGCGCCGCGGGGCGCCCGGGAGCAGGCGGCCGAAGGGGCCCAGGACGAGCUGCUUGGCCGCGCGGUGGCGGGGGCGUUCCGGCUCCGCCGUCGCAUCGGCUCGGGCUCCUUCGGCAGCGUCUACCUCGCGCGGCACGACGGGAGCGGUCUCGAGGUGGCCGUGAAGAUGGAGCCGGCAGCGGCGCCGUAUCCGCAGCUCUCGCAUGAGGCCAGGGUAUACGAGGUGCUAGGCGAUCAUGGAGCGGUCGUUCCUCGGAUCCACUGGUACGGCCGCGAUGGGGACCAUGAGGCGCUCGUGAUGGACCUGCUGGGCCCAUCGCUGGCAGACCUCCACGAGAAGUGCGGAGGGGCUUUCAGCCUGAGGACCAGCAUAGCCCUUGCCGAGCAGAUAGUGGGCCGGCUCGAGGAGAAUUGCACUCGGCAGGGUUCCUCCACAGGGACAUAA